AUGAAUAAGAAUGACUCCAAAUCAAUCUUGCAAGGUUGUCUAAGUAACAUCAACCAUCAAUCACACUUAAUGAAGCAAUGUCUCAACGAUAGUAACCUUCUACAGGCAUUGAAACACUGUUCCAACUUCUUGAAUGAGUUGAGAAUUAACCAGUUGUCCCCCAAACAGUAUUAUGAACUAUACAUUGCCGUAUUUGAUUCCUUGGACUACUUGUGUAACCACUUGUUGGCUUCCUACAAGGCGAAGCAUAAGAAGAACACUGAAACCCCGUUCUUGACGGAUUUGUACGAAUUGGUCCAAUAUAGUGGGAAUAUUGUUCCUCGUUUGUACAUGUUGAUUGCAGUGGGAACAACUUUUAUUUCCACCAAUAAUGCUCCCACAGAGGCUAUCAUGAAGGACAUGAUCGAAAUGUGUCGUGGGGUGCAAAAUCCAAUCAGAGGGUUGUUUUUAAGGUAUUACUUGAGUCAAAGAAUCAAAGAUCUUUUACCCAUUGGAACCAAGCAUGAAUUCGAUGAAACGGUAACGUUUUUGAUCAACAACUUCAUUGAAAUGAACAAGUUGUGGGUGAGAUUACAGCACCAAGGCCACUCUUCUGAGAGGGAAUUGAGAUAUCAAGAACGAAAAGAAUUGAAGAUCUUAGUCGGAUCCAAUUUGGUUAGAUUGUCUCAAAUAAUUGAUGAUUUCACUGAUGAUGAGUACUCCCCGGAGUCGUAUUACAAAGACCACGUCUUCCCUAUAAUAAUAGAGCAGGUUAUUCAGUGUAAAGACCAUUUAGCCCAGACAUAUUUAAUUGAUGUGAUAAUCCAAAUUUUCCCUGACAACUUCCACUUUAUUACCUUGAAUAUGCUCCUUAAUAACUUAUUCCUUAACUUGAAUCCCACUUUGAACAAGUCUGAAUUAAUCAGCACUUUGAUUGAGAGAUUCAUAAACUAUCACCAACAACAACAAGAUGAAGAAAAUGGCGAAGAAAAUGAAAAGGAAGAGGAAAUGUUCACGAGCUUGAGAUUGUUUGACGAAUUUUGGGGCUUCUACGAAAAGCUUACCACUAUGAAUGUUCCUUUAGAAGAGCACUCGUCGAUUUUGCAGAGUUUCAUUCGGCUAUCGUUGGUAUUUGAAAGAGACAAUUAUGAAAAUUUGAAUAAGAUUUAUAAGUUUGUUACUGAGAACUUCAGCUCCGAAGAAAUCGAUGAAAAGAUCUGGUUGAAUUUGCUUAUUACUCCGAUUCAGAACUUCGAUUCCAUUUCCAGUUUAUUGAAGUUGUCUUUUUUCAAUGAGUUCUAUAACAGGAUCUCAAAUCAGUUGUACCAAAAGCAAAUCUCUCUUGAAAUCUUGAAUAAAUUACUUGACCAGGAUGAGAUUGUGUGUGAUGUGAAAGAAAUCGAUAUUAUCUUUAAGUUUCUAUUAAUUUUGAUAAAGGAGUCCAAUGAGCUUAAUGUUCUGAAACAAAUGGGAAUCGUGAAGACGGUAAAAAUUGAAAAUGGAGAAAAAUUGGUCACUAAUGAGUUCUUAAUUAACCAAUCGAAUAUUUGCAAGGUCUUAGGUAAGAUAAACAAGAACUCCAUAGACUUGUUUGAAAAAAUCAGCAACAUAACAUACGUUAGAAAGAAGUUCUUGAAUAAGAACCUUGCAAGUAUUGUCUACACUUAUCCAACAGUGAUACAAUUAAUACUCGAUAUAUUAAAGACCAUUGGACUAAUCAAUUUGACAAAAAGCGGUAAGUUUACCAAUAAGUUGAUCAACCAAUUUAAGAACUUGUCUAUUAUCAUCGAUGAACUAUACGAACAUCACCAAGUGUUCAAUUCUCAAUUGGUGCUAAACUUAUAUUUAAACUGUACCAUGGUCGCUGACCAACUUAAUUUGCCCACCAUCACAUUCGAAUUCUUCAACAAGUGUUUCAUCGUUUAUGAGGAAACUUUAAUGGUAGGUCAAGGGCAGGGUUCUGUGCAUGGCCGUGGUAUUAACCCCCAAGAUUCUAUGAACCACAACUCUAUCCAGUAUCAAUCCAUUUUGUUAAUCUUGAAUAAGUUGAACUUCACCAGAAACUUGCCUCGUGAGGAUUAUCAAUCGUUGAUCACCAAAUUGACAUUAUAUGGUUCCAAACUCCUCAAAAAGCAAGAUCAAUGCCGAUCCAUUUACAAUUGCGGGCAUCUAUUCUGGUGGACCGAGACUUUGGAAACCAAUCAGACCAUUGAAUUAUUCAAGGAUGAUAAGAGAGUCUUGGAGUGUCUUCAAAAGUCCUUGAGGGUGGCGGACUCAUGUAUCGAUCCGUACUUGUCGCUUAAGCUUUUUAUUGAGAUCUUGAACAAAUGUUUGGUGUUCAAUAUCCAUGGCAAUACCUUGGUGAACGAUAAUUACAUAAAUGGUUUAAUUGAGUUGAUCUACAACAAUAUUGAGAACCUCAACAAUGACUACGACUUGAAGGAUACUGAAGACCAAGAAUACCGAUUAUUCAAAUCUUUGGAAGAAUAUUUUUCCCGUACCUUGCAAUACAUUGAAAUGCAAAAGGAGGAAGAGAGGCUCGAAGAUAUCGUCACCAAAUUAACAGUAUGA